AUGAUUUCUGCGAUUUCGUGGGUGCCGAAAGGGGUUUCGAAGUCGGAGCCUGUUGUCGCCGAUCCUCCUCCCGAAGAGGAAAUUCAACAACUCAUUGCCAACCACAAAACCGCAAGUGAAGACAGUAAUGAUGAAGCCGCCAACGAUGAGGUAGUGGCGCAAGCAUUAACAGUAGCAGAAGCAGUUGGCAAAGCAGGCAAAGCAUCCUCCGGAAACUGUGACGAUAUAACCCUUGCCUUAAAGGACCUUGACAUGGACCAUUACGAUGACGAAGACGAAGGAGUUGAGUUAUUCAGUUCCGGAAUUGGUGAUCUUUAUUAUCCGAGGAACGACAUGGAUCCAUAUAUUAAAGAUAAAAACGAUGAGGAUUCCGAAGAUCUCGAGGAUAUGAUUAUUAAUCCAACUGAUUCUGUCAUUGUUUAUGCAUGUACUGAAGAUGAUGUCAGUCAUCUUGAGGUUUGGGUACUCGAAGAUGCAAAUUCCAGUGAAAUGAACAUGUAUCCUCACCAUAACAUCAUUAUUCCAGCGUUUCCACUUUGCACAGCUUGGCUUGAUUGCCCUCUUAAGGGAGGAGAAAGAGGGAACUUCAUAGCUGUUGGUUCAAUGGAACCUUCCAUAGAAAUUUGGGACCUUGAUGUUAUUGAUGAGGUGCAGCCAUGUGUUGUUUUGGGUGGAUUUGAAGAGAAAAAGAAAAAGGGAAAAAAGAAAUCAAUCAAAUACAAAGAUGACAGUCACACUGACUCGGUACUUGGUCUUGCUUGGAACAAGGAGUACAGGAAUAUACUAGCAAGUGCCAGUGCUGACAAGCAAGUAAAGAUUUGGGAUGUGGUAACUGGGAAGUGUGAUAUUACAAUGGAGCAUCACUCAGACAAGGUUCAAGCAGUUGCUUGGAAUCAUCAUGCACCACAGGUUCUUCUUAGUGGUUCAUUUGAUCAUACUGUCGUCUUGAGGGAUGGAAGGAUGCCAACACAUUCUGGCUACAAGUGGUCAGUCACAGCUGAUGUAGAGAGCUUGGCGUGGGAUCCGCACACUGAGCACUCUUUUGUGGUGAGUCUUGAAGAUGGUAUUGUCAAGGGUUUUGAUAUUCGGACAGCCAACUCUGAUUCUUCAUCUGAUCUAAGUUCUACUUUUACACUUCAUGCACAUGACAAACCUGUUACCUCAGUAUCCUAUAAUCCAUCAGCAUCUAAUCUUCUUGCCACUGGAUCCAUGGACAAAUCGGUAAAACUUUGGGAUUUGACGAACAACCAACCCUCUUGCGUAGCAUCUAAAUCUCCGAGAGCAGGAGCUAUCUUUAAAAUUUCUUUUUCAGAGGACAACCCCUUCUUGUUGGCUAUAGGAGGCUCAAAGGGAAAAUUGCAAGUAUGGGACACCUUGUCUGAUUCUGGCGUCUCUCGAAGAUAUGGCAACUACAACAAGAAUAGAUCGCAAUCUGGGUCUUGA